CUAGGAAAGACUUGUGUAAACAGUUUCCGUUUUGAUAAGAAAUUAAGUACAUAGACUGCCUAGAUUAAUGUAGUGUUUUCAUUAUGUUGGCUAAAUGAUCUAGGAAUACUUGAGAAUGUGGAAAGCAGCGCAAUUGAUAGUGUUUGCUCUGGUGUUGGGUCUGGGUCAAUCAGCUAUUGACGAUGUGUUCCGACAAGUAUAUGACGACACGACUAGUGUAGCAUCUGGACUCAGCGGCUCAGAUCAAGACUCAGGCCGUUCAGACAAAGUGGUGGAGGCUCAUUUGCAGUCAGACUGGUGUCGGUACAGAAUGGAGGGUAGCAACAGAACGCUGGUGAAGCUGCAUUACGAUAUGGUGAUAGACAAGAGAACAUACAAGGAUGCUUUCAGAAAGGACUUCACAGAUGACGUUGAUUCCUGCGAGACACAUAGCGUUGAUGGUCAGGCUGCAAAUCGUCGGAAAAGGAUUGCAUCAGAAAGCGACGAGAGCCGCUGGCCCCUCGAAAUACCGUAUCAGAUAGAAGAAGGAUUUGAUGCCUCUGGAAUCAGAACAAUUAAAAAAGCUAUGGAAGACUGGAGCAGAUACACGUGCUUGCACUUCGUAGAAAGGACAGACCAAUACGACCAUAUCAUAUUCAGUCCUAACGAGGUCUGCGAAUCAUAUGUGGGGAGGAUAAUAGGACCCCAAAACAUCUUCCUGAAUCUGCAAAACUGUAUGACGCUGCCGAUCGUUUUACACGAGAUUGGGCACGCCAUUGGCCUAUACCAUGAGCACACGAGGGCAGACAGGGAUGAUAACGUCACUGUAAACUACAAACGCAUUAAUCCGAAAAACCACUUCCAAUUUGACAAACUCAUCGCGGAAUAUCUCGAUUUUAACAAGCCGUAUGACUAUCACAGCAUAAUGCAUUACGGCAAAAAUUUUUUCGCCGACCCACGCAAUGCUACUUCGUUGGAACCGAAAGACGAAGAUUAUUUGAAUAUUAUUGGAGAAGCGAAACACCUCAGCUUCCAUGAUGUACAAAUUGUGAGCGCCAUGUAUAAGUGUGAAGAGAGAUGUGCUAAUAAAGUAUGCCCGCAGGGUGGAUUUGUGGGGAAGAACUGCGAAUGCUUCUGCCAGGGAUCUCCCGAAGAUCCAGUUCAACAAUGCAUCAAACCCAGAAUGUUCUGUAAACCCCCGCCUAUUGACCUGGACACCUACUUUGUGUACCCAAUCGGAAAGAAGGUGGUACUGAUGGGUCUGUCUGGUACCCAAUACCCAGACGGAACAGUUCUCAUAGUGGAGAACCACCGGUGCUCAAAACAAGGGACCGGAAACUAUACCUGUCAAGACGGCAAAUGGGUGGACAAUAUCAACUGCAAACCAGAUCGGUGUGUGUACGAUACGAUCCGAUAUGAAUUCGAACCGAAUAUUACAGCGCAUGGACUUGGCCCAAUCGCGGAAUACGUCAACACGGGUACACAUGUGCACGUAGAGUGCAGAGCACCAAAAAGGACCCAAGGGUAUGAUUCUGAAUGCAGAGAUUCCAUUUGGGUUCCGGAAUUGCCGAAUUGUGAUGCAGAUCGUUGUGUGUACGACAGGACCCGAUAUGUCUUCAAACCGAACAUUACUUCGGACGGCGUAAGUGGAACCACUGAAUACGUCAACUCGGGAACAUUCGUUCACGUAGAAUGCAUUGCACUGAAAGGGAUACCAGGCUAUGACUCUAAGUGCACAGACUCGCUUUGGGUUCCAACUCUGCCAAAUUGCGAUGCAGCGGUCGAUUGUAAGAUAGAGAACUUCGAUGUUCGCAACGUGGAGGUAUUGUUGAACGGCACGGUGCAAUCGGAUGGUGAUGUUGUCCCAGAUGGCAGCUCGGUGCAGGCACGGUGUAAAGGGUCAAACGAACAAAAUAGCCCGAUUAAUGAAUCCCAGUCCGAUCUGGUUUGUCACAAAGGACACUUGAAAGGUCAAAUUCCCAGACAAUGCCCAGCAGCAUUAUACGCUUGCCCCAUUGUGCAGUUCGCCAACACGAGUGGCCCAUUUCAUUACGGCUACGAUGUAAAGUGCUUCGAUAAAUACGAAAUGCAGCCAAACUUGCAAGCUCGCUUUCAGUGCGACUGGAAAGGAGACUGGAAGCCAUUCGUACCAAGAUGUAUCCCUAGAUCAUGCCAAGUUAUCUACGGCAAUGCAAAAGUCAAAGUGCAACUAAUGGAUGGAUCGAAUAUAAGCCCAAACUCAAGAAUCAGCAGUGGUCAGAAUAUAUCUAUGUCUUGCACGCAGAAGGGUAACGUUCCUGACCAACUGACGCUGACAUGUGACCACGGUGUAUACAAUGAGACAGGCGAAACAACGCUCCCUGUGUGCAAACUAGUCAAGUGUAUGCCACCUCCUUUAUCGGGCGCUGUAAUGUACAGUCCAAUGAAUAAUAGCUACGUAUUCAAGGACACUGUAGAGAUACGACGUUGCCAGGGUAAACUAUGGUUUCAAGGUGACCAGCGUUUAACGUGCACAGCAGACGGCACUUGGAACGGGACAGCAACAUGCACACCGUACUGUCAACAUGGCGCUGAGAAAUGGGAUGAAAGGCAGAAUUCUGAUCUGAUAAAACAUACUAUCAGAAACAUUACCGUGGAAUCAUACCAGGAGUGCCUUACCUUUUGCAAAAACUAUGACCGUGUUCUGUGCCGCGCGUUCGCAUACGGAUUUGACCAGGGAAAGCGCAGAUGCCGAAUCACGUAUGCAAACCCAAGCAGUCCAAACGCCAAAGAUAUGUUGGGCGCAAGGCAACUCUGGUCGGUGUGGUCUCGAAAGUGCGACUAAAUUACAAUAAUUUUGCUCUGGGACCUAUACAGUGAAAGAGCUUGAACAUGCAUACUUGUGUAUACCUUUGCACACGAUGCUCUGUUGGUCCGGUUUGAUUAUUGUUUUCAUGCAAAUUUUCCGUGUAUGUAUCUUUGCUUGAUAUUAAUAAUAUGUGCAAGGCUGUUUGUUAUGUAAAUAAAUAAAAUCAUAUCUGCUUUAUAA